UCAAUUGGCUCAAGAGAGACAAGGGUCAAGACCAAGUACGACUUGAAGCCGAAUUUCUUGCACAUUCAGAGCCUGAUCACGGCUUGAGCAUGUCACUUGCCAACGCUGAACAUUUCAACCAAAAGGCGAGCACAUAUGACGCAGGGACCGAGCAACGAAGGUUUACUGCGGAGUUGCAAGCCCACCUUCGCAGUAUUGCAUCAUGGCUAGGGCUUGACACGAGCAAUAAGACAGGUGUCAAGGUAUUGGAUUAUGCCUGUGGUCCAGGUGCUGCUGCUUUCGCUCUUCAUGACUACGCAGGAACGGUCCUAGGCGUGGAUAUUAGCGAAAACAUGGUAUCUGUUUUCAACGAGCGUGCUGAAAAAGCCGGCCUAGAGCAUAUGCACGCAAUUGAAGGCAACCUGUGUGUAUCUGAAGACGCGCCCAUAAGCACUUUGGAUUCCAUCACUUCGACCUUCCAGGGAAGUGUAUCAAGCAACUACUUUUGCCAUUGAAGCGAG